UCCCAGUCCCGAUCCCAAAAUCUGCUUGCGUUAGUCUCCCCCUACCCCCCUUUUAUAACAAUACUCUCAUAAAAGGGCUGACCCUCACUUAAAUUAUUGGGCCUAGAACCCUAUUAUUGAACACCAUUAAAAUACUUAAUAGACUCAAAUUAUUGGUAGUGUCCAGGUUCCUAACAUCACUCCCCCUUGGACUACCACCUUGUCCUCAAGGUGGAUAAUAAGAAACUGACCGUUUGAGCAGGUCAUCUGCUACAUCCCGUUCAGGUUGCUGAUCACUUGUUCCCUGUUCUUCUUCUGAUCCUUCCAACAAGAUGAAUUGAUAAUGUUUCAUUCCACAAACAUGUUCUUUACCCCAUUUAUCUCCACAUUUGAAACACAGACUCUUUAUACUUCUUUCUUAUUGCUCUGUCUGUGUCAAUCUCUGACCUCCCUCCCAAAUCUUACUUCUUUUGGUGAUUCCUCCAAUUUGUUCUCGGGAGUCACGGCAGGUAUUCUUCCAUUUGCUCCUUCCACCCAAUUCAAGGGUCUAACCAUUUUCCCUCAAUGUUCCUUCGAGCCUUUUUUUCUUCUUAUUUAUUUUGUUCUCCUUUCCACACCAUGUUCUUCUUCUCCAACGUCAAAGUUGUGUCCAUCAAUUCAGUUAUCCCACUGGUCUCUGGUACAACUUUAGCCCUGUGCUAAUUUCUUUAUUAAGGCCAUUGAGAAACACUCCCUUUAGCAUCUCUUGGUCAACAAGUUUGACAGGAGCUACAAUCAUUUCAAAGUGAUCCCGGUACUUCAUUACUGAAUCAGUUUGCCUAAUACUGAGCAUAUGAUCAAACGGGUUCUGUACUAAAUCGGGUUGAAAACGCCGGAUCAAAGCCUCUUUGAAGUUAACACAAGAAUGGUCAGGUGUUUGUUCAUCCCACCAUUGGUACCAGUUGAGAGCCUUAUCGGCUAUGGCGAUCAAGACUACCUCCACCUUGUCAGUCUCUUGUACUUGGUUUAGCUUAAAAUAGCGUUCGGAGUGCGAGUGCAAUUGCCAUCCUUACACCCAAUUUCAAGUCAACUUUAU